AUGUAUAUGGGAAUUGUAAAAUAUCCCUCGAUUGCUCACUAUUGGAACACUGGCAACUUUUUCAAGAACUCUUUCGUGCCCAAAGUGAUGUCACGCAACAGAUUUCAGCUGAUUCUAAAGUUCAUCCACUUUGCAGACAACUCGGCUUUUAGAGGAAACCGAUUAGGAAAGGUGAGUACACUCCUUGAGCUUCUGGAAAGGAACUUUGUAAACGCGCGAACUCCGAACGAAAUCUUGGCUCUUGACGAAUCUAUGAUUCCAUGGCGUGGUAGACUCCAAUUUCGCCAGUAUAGCCCCGGAAAAUCACACAAAUAUGGUGUGAAAGUUUACAAGCUUUGGGAUCCAUACGGUUACACCUACACCAGCUCAAUAUAUGCAGGAAAAACAGAAAGCAACAUCCAAAGAGGUAGACCAACCCCUACAACCUCAUACUCGACCCAAAUUGUUUUAGAUCUGGCCGAAAAAUAUUUAGAUCAAGGAAGAACUAUUGCAACCGAUAACUUUUACACAUCAGUGUCUCUAGCCAAACAUCUCCUUGAUCGUCAAACUCAUCUUUUUGGUACCCUUCGGAAUAGUAGGACAGGAAAUCCAAAAGAGGUUACUAAUGCUAAGCUAAAAAAACAUGAAGUAAAAGGCAUGGAAGACUCGGGCAUUGUAAUUGCUAAGUGGAAAGAUAAACGGGACGUUCUCAUGCUAUCCACUAAACAUGGCUUGGAGGAAGUAGGGACAGGAAAAAGAAAUAGAGAUGGUCAGGAAAUAAAAAAGUUACGUAUGAUCGUAGACUACAAUCAUGCUAAGCAAGGAAUCGAUAUUUCAGACCAAAUGGCGUGCUACUUUACGCCAUUACGGAAAACAAUUAGAUGGUACCAUAAAAUAGCCUUUGAAUUUUUCUAA